CUUACUGCACACUCAGACACACACUCAGAGAAGGAAGGAAAACACCAGUCCGGUGACACUGACUCAGGAUCAAUGGUGACCAGUCCGAUCAAUACCUGGCCUCUGUCCGCUGACGGAGUCACGACCAGCAACUUGAGACCGAGGAUCUGCAGCUGCUGGACUUGGAGUGGAGUUGCUGGCCACUUCUCUGUUUUCACUUCUAUUUUCACUCAGUGAGGCUUCAGCAAGGGACAAGUUUCAGUCAGGAUGGAAGUGUGUGUUGGGCACCAGUCUUCACUGAUGGACGCUCCUUGAGAGGACUCUGAAUGACUUCUGCCUUCCUGAUGUCACUGUCUGGAGGUGGAACAACGCUGGAGACUCCCUCGUGCUCUGCAGUCGCGCCACUACAGGAAACACAAUCCGACGACUUCCACGAUGUUCGUCCGUUUCCGUCGGAUUAGAAAGUGGCAUCUACUCAAGCUGCUGGCACCACUGAUGCUGCUGUCGGUGCUGGUGUUCUGCUGGGAUCAAAAUGCCCUCAGCCACACCUGGUCCUACUACUAUCGCUACCUGGGCAACAGCUUUGCCAACAUCAACAAGAGCCUGACCAUCUCCAGAGACCAGGCCCGGCGCUUCAGCAGCUACCACUACCUGCUGAACCACCCGCACAAGUGCCGCGAGGAGGAUGUCCUCCUGCUUCUCUUCGUGAAGUCCUCCCCGGGAAACGCAAUGCGCCGCAGCACCAUCAGGUCCACGUGGGGAAAUGAGACCUUCAUCCGGAGCGUCCUGGGCGUGACAGUGAAGGUCCUGUUCGCCUUGGGAGCGCCGCAGUGGAACGACGAGCCCAAGUGGAGCAGGAGGAGCGGCGAGUUUGUCCAGAGGCAGCUCAUCCGGGAAGACGGACAGUUCGGCGACUUGAUCCAACAGGAUUUUUUGGAUUCCUUCCACAACUUGACCCUGAAGCUGAUCCUGCAGUUCCGCUGGAUGCACAGCUUCUGCCCUCACGCUCGCUUCUUCAUGUCGGCGGACGACGACAUGUUCGUCCACAUGCCCAACCUGGUCCGCUACCUGCAGGACAUGAACCGCCAACACGUCAAAGACUUCUGGGUGGGUCACGUCCACAAGGGGUCCCCGCCGGUCCGCAGCAAGGACAACAAGUAUUACGUCUCCAUUGAGACGUACCGGUGGAUGCUGUACCCCGACUACACAGCCGGCGCCGGAUACGUGGUGUCCGGCGACGUGGCCGAGAGAGUCUUCCAAGCCAUGCUGACCUUGAACGCGUCAAUCCACAUCGAUGACGUUUUCAUGGGCAUCUGCGCCAACGCAAUCGGAGUGUCGCCGCAGGAGCACGCUUACUUCUCAGGGGAAGGCAAGACGCCGUACCACAUGUGCGUCUACAGCCAGAUGAUAACCUCGCACAGCCACGAAGACAUCCCUGAUCUGUGGAGGGCGGCGACACACCCGCAGGUGCAGGAGAAAACAUCUGGACUCAUGAGGAAGAUCUAUUGCACUAUUGUGAAGUUGGCACUUCUCUGUACGCCCAGCAUCAACCAGACGUACCCCUGCAGGGCCGCCUUCAUGUAGGGCGGCUCGCUCGCGUCUGGCCUCUCGUGUUUUAACGUAACUUUUCUCUUCUUCAAACCCUUUUUUUUCUUCCCAGACAGGCUUUUAGCUAGGAGGGCGUCUGGGUGUCUGCAAAACAAAUGGAAGCCCGAUUCUCGACCGUAGCUUGGCUGCCAGAUACCAGCGUAAUCUGGCAGCCAUCGGGCUUCCAUUUUCUCAUGUUUUGCAGACGCCCUCCGAGCUAAAAGCCUGUUCCCAGAUUUCUGUUGGUCACUUUGAAUCAAAUCCAUGGAAUGGCCACAUAAACCAGCCACUCUCUUCAGCUCUUUCACUCCAAAUAUUCAGCGGCUCACCAAAGUGUCAGAUCUAAAACUGUGUUUUGGCCGUGACGUGAGAGAUUCCACACCUUCCGGUUAACUGUGAGAUGGAUGUGUAAUGAUAAUAAAGUGCUU